GGUGGUUCCCAUGCCAGCCCUAACGGGGCCGUAGGAGAAGCAGAGGUGUCUGAUCCAACCUCUAAAUGCUGAAAAUUCCCUGGGGAUUUAUCCAGCUCAGCUCACGCCUUAGGCCGGUGUGGAGGGAGCUGCCGCUGUGCCCUGGGACACUGAAGUGCCACCUGUGCCCCAUCCCGACAGAGAGGAGAGAGCAGGGGAAGAUCCCUGGCUGCAGAUCCCAGCAUCCCAACUCCCCAGGAUCACACGGACCAGCUGCUGCUGCUCCCACGGACAAUGGCACUUUCCAACCUGUCCGAUUACCUGGACGGCCUCAACAAUAACUACAGCGACUACCCCGACUACACCUACGAGGACACGGGCAGCGUGUGGGCAGACCCGGCCCACGACCCCAAGGACAUCACCAGGAUCCUGUCCGUCAUCAUCUACAGCGUGUCCUGCGUGCUGGGCAUCCUGGGCAACGGCCUCGUCAUCGCCAUCAUCACCCUGAAGAUGAAGAAGUCGGUGAACGCCGUCUGGUUUCUCAACCUGGCCGUGGCCGACUUCCUCUUCAACAUCUUCCUGCCCAUCAACAUCGCCUACACGGCCAUGAGCUACCACUGGAUCUUCGGCACGGUCAUGUGCAAGCUCAACUCCUUCCUCCUCAUCCUCAACAUGUACACCAGCGUCCUGCUGCUCACCACCAUCAGCUUCGACCGCUACGUGUCCGUGGUGUUCCCGGUGUGGUCGCAGAACCACCGCUCCACCAACCUGGCCUACGGGGUUUGUGUGGUCAUCUGGACCCUGGGCAUCGUCAUGAGCUGCCCCUCGCUCGUCUUCCGGGACACGGCGCAGACCCGGAGCUCCGUGAUUUGUUUCAGCAACUUCUCCCUCUCCAGGAAUAAAUCCUACGCAGGGCUGGCUCUGGCCAGGCACCGCACCGUGAACAUCACCAGGUUCCUGGCCGGCUACAUCCUCCCCAUCACCAUCAUCACCUUCUGCUACGUCGCCAUCGUCUUCAACCUGCGCCGCAACCGCCUGGCCAAGUCCAAGAAGCCCUUCAAGAUCAUUGUCACCAUCAUUGUCACCUUCUUCCUCUGCUGGAGCCCCUACCACCUGCUGAACCUGCUGGAGACGGUGCCCGACGCGGUGCCCUGGUCUGUGUUUGAGAUCUUCAUCCCGCUCACCACGGCUCUGGCAGCCUCCAACAGCUGCAUGAACCCCGUCCUCUACGUCUUCAUGGGCCAGGACUUCAAGAAGUUCAAGGUGACCCUCCUCUCCAGGCUGGUGAACGCCCUCAGCGAGGAGACAGGACACUCCAGCAUCGUGCACAGGAGCUUCUCCAAGGUCUCCUCCAUGACUGAGAAAGAGACAACAGUUGUGUAA